AUGCCGGUGCCGUGCGUGGAGAAGGUGGCUUCGCGCCCCUACGGGGGCGUGCCCGCCGCGCUGAAGAAUCUGCCAUCGAAUCGUGAACGCGUUCAGAACGUUAAUCGCAGCGCCACGGAGCUAUUGAUGGAACUUAAUAGCAGUCCGAAAGCCCAAUUGAAACCAGACAGGGUGCGGGAACUCCUCGAAAAUGUUUGA